AUGCGUCCAUCUAUAUAUUUCCAACUUUUGAGCCAUGCAUAACAUCUCUUGCAUUGUUAGCACGUUUUUCUGGAAGAUUUGAGGAUUUAUACUGGAGGAGGGCAUUAAUGUGUAUUGCUUUCAGACAUCAAAUGGUUAAUGGUGUCUUGUCUCGCGGAUCAGUCUGACUCGCCCCGAGUUGCUGCAUUUGUCCCGGGAUGACCUGUUGAUGUCGGGAAAAGAUGGUGUCGAGACCCCCUUCCUCCAAAAUGGAGUAGAAUUUAACCACAUAAUAUUGCAUGUAAAAUUCAAUAAUUGCGCCGCGUGCAAACAAAUAUGACUACUACUUAAUUUGUAUGCGAUUUGCAACUAUGCGGCAGGAGAACGAUAAUAAUAAUGCAUGCAUAUGGAUGUUGCUGGGCGAAAUGAUUUGGGGAUAGACAUCAUGGUAUGUGCAGGACUGUAACUCAGCCCGACAUUGCAUAGCAUUGCACUGGCACCGAGGGGGCGAGAGAAACGGAUGUGCGCUCCUCAAUAAUUCAUCUGUCUCACUAUUUUGGUGACAGGGAUAUUUGAGUGAGCUGUUUUUAGCUCUUUGGUCGCUGCAUCAAGUGUGGAAACCAGGCAAUCGGGGAAUUAUUUCUAAUUUUCCCGCCCCCCCGGGGCCCGUGCCAACCCGGAGCUCGUAUCCAGCUGGGCAGCGGUGCGGGCACACACACUCACCGGGGACCGCAGCUCUGCCGCGGCCGCCCACAACACAGAAACACCGGCGCCCGACUUUGACAACUCUGUAGUGCUGAGCUUUAAGAUAUGGCUCAGAUGCUGCAGAUGGCAAUACCAAACUUUGGCAACAAUGUCUUGGAGUGUCUUAAUGAACAGAGACUUCAGGGACUGUACUGUGAUGUAUCAGUGGUGGUGAAGGGUCACACAUUCAAAGCCCACCGGGCAGUGCUGGCUGCCAGCAGCUCCUACUUUCGAGAUUUGUUCAACUCUGGAUGUAAGAGCUCUGUUGUGGAGUUACCACCAGCGGUCCAGCCUCAGAGCUUCCAGCAGAUCCUUUCCUUCUGUUACACAGGCCGACUUAGCAUGAAUUUGGGCGAUCAGUUUCUCUUAAUGUACACGGCAGGAUUCCUGCAGAUUCUGCAGAUCAUGGAAAAAGGCACAGAGUUCUUCCUAAAGGUAAGCUCACCAAGUUGUGACUCACAGGGACUUCACACAGAAGAAACACCACCAUCAGAACCCCAGAGCCCUGUUACUCAAACUGGGAGCGGUACAGUAGGAGGGGGUGCAGUUGCCACUGCAACAGCUCGACCUGCUUCCUGCCUAACACCCCUUCCUUUAGUGUCAAGGGUGAAGACAGAGCAGCAACCUCAAGCCCAGCAGCCCCAUCAAGAAGCAUCAUCAUUUUCAGUGGUUUGCACUCCAGUUGCUAAGCGUCUUUGGGAGGGAGGUAACCGUGAAGGAGGUGGAGGAUCUGGAGGAGGGGGAGGUUUAAGGAAAGCAGCCCGCUAUUCACAGGAAGUGGCACGGGGCACGGGAGGGGCACUGCCUCAAAGUGCAGCAUUAUCGGGUGGAAGCGGUAUCACUAAUAGCAACAACAACAACAAUAAUAAUAACAACAGCAGUAGCACGCCGGAAGGCACCAGCCCAGGCACCCCCAGCAUGUACACCAGUGACUCGCCAAUCUCGUACCACGAUGAUGAUGAAGAAGAAGAGGAAAUCACAGACGAAACGACAGAAGAACAGUACAGACAGAUCUGUAAUAUGUACACUAUGUACAGCAUGUUGAAUGUAGGGGCAACAGCCAGCGAACGAGUGGAGUCACUACCAGACCACCUCACAGUUGAAUCAAGGGGAAGAGGAGUUCGAGUGAGGCAAGAUCUGGCCUCUCUUCCCACUGAGCUCAUUGCACAGAUCGGAAACCGCUGUCAUCUUAAACUCUAUGAAGAAGGUGACCCUGCUGAGAAACUGGAGCUAGUAACAGGCACCAGUGUUUUUAUUUCACGUGCUCAGCUGAUGAACUGCCACGUUAGUGCAGGCACACGUCACAAAGUGUUGCUCAGACGGCUGCUUGCUGCCUUUUUUGACCGAAGCACUCUUGCCAACAGCUGUGGGACAGGCAUUCGGUCCUCCACAAAUGACCCCAACCGCAAGCCACUCGACAGUCGGGUUCUCCAUGCUGUUAAGUUUUACUGCCAGAACUUUGCUCCUAGUUUCAAAGAGAGCGAAAUGAACGCGAUCGCUGCAGACAUGUGCACUAAUGCACGCCGCGUAGUACGCAAGAGCUUGAUUCCGAAACUGAAGCUUCUGAUGGCAGAAAGUGACGCAUAUGCCAACUUUCUUCCGGACACUUCCAAAUUGGAGUCUGAUGGCUUGGCUGUGGAGCAUGCUUUUGAAACCGGAUCCCUAGAAGGUGGCACAGCCUCUGAAUCCGGCCAGUCAACUACAGAUGCCCUGCAAGGUGUGAGCGGGGAGGGUAACAGCUUGUUUUAAUGAGUAACACUACCAUAGUUCAACCAUUAAUUCCAUCCACUUCUCCAUCACAUCCCAGUCUCACCUUGUGCGCUGAUGUAAUUUGGAAGCACAUUCCUGAAGAGGAGGGUCCUGUAGGUAUAUUUGAGAUGAGCGGAAGGGGAAAUGGUGUCUGGAAGCUCGUAUCCAGUCUGAAAACACUGUCAUGAUUCUGAAUGUAUCAUUUUGGAGAAUCCAGAAAGCUAAUGUUGCUGGACAUAAGAUUGUAUUCAUCUGUUAAUAUUUAGUGGCUAUGUACCUGCUUCCUGGACUCCAUUUCCUCUUUCUGCAAUAACACCCUGAGACACCUUUACUUUUUUUCUUUUUAAUUAGAUUUUCCUUUUAUCUAAAUAACAUUUGUAAUUUUUUUGCCAAUUAUUCAACUUUUUAUCUUGCCAAGUAUCCCAAGAGAGGCAAUGUGCCAUUUAUGAAUGUAAUGAAUUUGUAAGACGCAAUCCGUUUAUCAGAAACUACUGUUGAGUUUUGAUAGAAAGAGUCUGUGCAAAAUUCUUACCUUUUGAUCAAUGAAUAGUGAAUUGUUAUCCACAUGUUUUUGCAUUAGCAAAAUCCAAAAAACAAUUUUAAUCAUUUUAUUUUGGUAUAUUACCAACGCUUCACAUUGUUACUUUGGUUUAUUUGAUCAAAAUCGGCACACGUUUUUACUGUCAAAUAUCUCCAAAGCAAAUCCCAAAAAAAAUCUCCACCUGGCCUUUUGUGUUUAUGUUCUUAGUAGUUUUGUACGACACAUGACGUAGGGCUGGCGUCUGUGUGAUGUGUAAAUGAGUCUGUAUGAAGGCUGCAGAUGGUAGUAUUUGAUGAGCUGUAUCUCACAGUUGACUGCUUCAUGCACCGAUUGCACAAGCGUGGUGCAUGCUGCCGCAUGGUGCAUUCUGACAUGCUACGCUUCAGCACCUCAGACAGAGAUGCACUAAAUGCUUUGAUGAGUUCAGUAUUAGAGAUUGGCACUGAACGGGCAUCAGUGCCCUAGCUACAGUGGUUCUAAACCACUAAAGACCACUCUGAGAGUGGAAGCUGUUUUGUAGUCUCUUUGUUUUUGUUAUGCGGAUUUGAAAAGACAGUUUCUUGAUGGCUUUCGGGUUUUAGAAAGAGGAGUUCUUGAAGUUUGCAAUACUAAUGAAGAGCUGUUUUAAUCCCAGAUUUAAAAAAAGAAAGAACCAUGUGACAAUGUCAUUUAAAGUGUAGUUGCACUCUUAAACAUAUUUAAGGAUGUGCUAUAAUUAGAUUCCCAAAGUAUGACCUACAUCUUCCGGUGUUUUAAGCACACUUAUGUCGUGAAAUGCGGACUGUAUUGUUUGAAUUUUUGAUUAUCUGGCUGUGAUUGGACAAGAUAAUCUCAGUCCAAAAGCAUCAAAUAUUUUUUUACCUAAAAACUAAAAUAUUAAAACAGAACCCUGCUAUUUGUGCGUUUUAAAUGUUUACACUUAAUUUAAAAGGACAGUUCACCCAAAAAUGCAAAUUGUCAUUAUCUACUCACCCAUCCAAAACUGUAUGGCUUUAUUUUGUGAAACACAAAAGAAGAUAUUUUGAAGAUGUUGGUACCAAACCAGAUUUGAAGAACAUUGACUUCUAUUGUAUUGACCAAAAAAAAAAAGAAAAAAAAGACAUAUCUUAAAAUAUAUCAUACAUAAUUAUAUAACGCUAUAUUACUAUACUAUAAUCAUAAAAUAUUAAUACAAAUCAUUAAAUACUGUUUUGGGUAGACUAUGUAUAAGUCUGUCGGUACACUGCACUGGGCCAGGGGACAGAAGACUUUUACCUCUCAGCCAUUUGGUACGAUCCUAAGAGACUGCACCAAGUCUUAAUCAUAGUACAAUAGGAUGAGAAGACGACAUUUGCACAGAAAUCUAAACUAGAUUUUCCAGCACUGCCUUAAACGUGGACGUUCAUGCCUGGGAGUCUUAUACGGCCAGUCUGUGAAAGAAAUUGUUGGAAGGGGAGGGCACUGAAUGCCUGGAUGAUCCUGUAUGCAUGCGUGCUGGUGUGCUCCUUUACUUUUUCCUCAGAGUUUUAACCUCUUUUUUUCAUUUCCAUUUUUGGAGAUACACAUGCUAAUGUCUGUGCAUUCAUGUGAGGAGGCUGACAGGAAACCGCGAGUGUGUGCCAGAGGCAUGCUUUUUAUAUGGGUGCAUUUGUUUAUGUGUACGUGCUCAAAUGUAAGUCUGGUUUUUGUGUGCCAAAUGCACGUCUGAGAUGGGGUGCGUGGGUGGUGUUGGUGUAUGACUGGAAUAUGUGCAUUGUGUGUGUGUGUGUGUGUGUGUGUGUUGAUGGGUGGGUGGGUGGCUGGUAUGUGCGUAUGCAGAGAUCAGAGAGCUCUGUUUGUUUUUGUCUGACUCAGAGAGGGAGACAUACAGUGCAGACGCAAGCAGAGAGGGGAGGGAAUGUAUUGGUGAGGAGAUGGAUGUUCACACACACACACACACACACAAACACACUUAAACACACAACUGGUGCAGUGAGCCGUUUCCCAAAUGGAGGCAUCAAACGGUACACUUUGACUAAACAAACCAUCAUUUCGCAUUUAAUCUCAUCUGAUUUCACUUUGUUUCUUUAUUUUGUUUCUUUAUUGAAGAGUUCACACGAAAUCAAAAUGGAUCCAAUUUACUUUCCGAAUACACAUUUCUGGGGCUUUGUGUAUAAAGCUUUGCAUAGAUUUUAUACACACAAGAAUCCACACAAACGGCAGAUUUUGAGUAUAAUUAAAUGGUUUCACGUAUGUUUGUCAGAACUUGUGAAAAGAAAGUUCCGUUUUCAGCCUUGUCUUCUUUUUGAAAUAACCAUAUAUAUGGAACUUAUGGCGCUUUUAAUUAUUCAUAACCUUUUCCCAUAUAAUUUAAAUAUGCAUAAUUUCAUCCAAUACAACUGCAUUUAAAGUUUGCAUGCAAUAAAAGUUCACCAUUUCUAUCUAACAUUCAUAAA